CUUCUCUUCCGUCGACGCUUCCCCAGCCCGUCUCAUAGAGCUCUACAUCCAUAAAGGCGGAGCGGACAGGCCGUUCCGUGCCUCCCAGAAUCCGUCCUCUCUUGUCACGGAGGAGCCCCCUCCCACCUCCCCAUGUAGCCAUGGCCGAUCCGACUGGCGUCGAUAUAGACCUGACGCUGGGUGUCAUCUUGGUAGGUCUGAUAGUGACAGCAGGCUUGCUUGGCGUCACGACUGCGCAGUCCGGGUCCUAUUUCGUGCACUUUCCCCAGGAUCGACGGGCGCUGAAGAUUCUGGUCAUCGCGGUGUGGCUCCUCGAUGUCACGCAUCUCGGUCUCUACCUGUCCACGAUGUAUACCUAUCUUGUCAAGAAAGAGGGUCUGCAUUUCGGUCAAAAGCCUCUCCCCUGGACUGCAAAUGCUCAAUUGCUAGUGAAUGCGUGUGGUAUCAGCCUAAUUCAGUCGUUCUACGCAUCUCGCAUAUGGCAACUUAGCAGGAUGAGGCUGCUACUUGUGAUCAUGGGGUUGUUUAUUGCGACGACAUGGCUCCUAUCCUUCGUUCUAUUCGUUAAGACUAUCACGACUAAUACCGUGGCGGAGUACGUCCAUCUGGAACCUUACGACAUUACCAUGAGUGCUAUGACUGCAUCCACGGACGUGCUGCUGUGUGGCGCGUUGGUCGUCUUGCUGACGAUGUUCCGUAAGGAUACCCAGGGGGCGGAUCGUCUCAUCAACCGGCUGCUCAUAUUCACCGUUAAUACUGGCUUGCUAACUAGUGUCCAUGCCAUCAUGUCUGUAAUCAUGGUCGUCUCCCUUCCCCAGACGUCUCUAUUCGUGAUGUUCUACUACAUCGGCACACGACUGUAUUCAGUCUCAUUGUUGGCCACGCUCAACGCUCGCAUCGAGCUCAGAAUGCAAGCCGAGCGCAUGGGAGAUCGAUCGCUUCCAGAAAUCCCAGUGACAGCCCCGCCCCUCGGUCUCACGAACAGGAAAUCAUCACAAGCACAAGCGACCGUGCUUCGCCGAGGCGACAAAUCCGACAUCCUAGUGACCAUGCCUUGCAAGUCGGAGACGGCGACGAUCACAACAGGCGAUGGGUCGAAUCCGACGACGCUGAAUCCGGCGCCACCGCGAAUAUUCUGCGAGGGCAAUCGAUGCUACGUCGUUCCGGAUGGGGAGUUCAAGUCGUUUUGGACACCAGACUUCCUUGCGGACUCGGCUCCCGUUCUGGCUCUCAGUACAUAGCACUUCAUCUGACGUAGCUCGCCACGUUCCCUGACAUAAUGUACCUCGUGCCGCGGUUUGUGCGGGCACAAGGAUGGCUUUCCGUGUCCUGUUUACGUUGAAGGAGCGCGGCUGCUUGUCGUCCCACCCUAUAGCUGGUCAGGCCCACGACCAGGGUUGUCGUUGAAGACCCCCAUAGCAGGUCCUCAGACCAGACAUCCUCCGCCCACCGCCUUCCGUUUACCGCCCUUAGAGGGCGGGGCGCUUCGGGAAAGGAGUUCGGGGCCUUGGUUCCUAACAUGUACAAAC